UUCCGAAGGUGCAGUUACACAGCAAGCACCUUAGAAACCUAGAGCUAUUGUUAGCAUUGGAGGGGUGGUUCUGUUCAGGAAAUAACAGACAGGUAAUGGCUGCCUCCGCUUCAAGUUGUCCCAAAGAGCUGGUUGAAGACCUGGCAGUUCAGGAUCCUGUAGUAAAUGGCUCACCAAUCUAUGAAGAAAAAUGUGGGAGUAGAGAAUUGAAAAAUGAAGGAACCCUUAUGGAAAGCAAAGAUCCAUACCACUGUGAACCAGGCCUGAGAGACUACUUGUCUGAAAACGAAUCAUCCAAGGAUCCUUCACCCAGUAUCUUGACAGAAAGUCACCCAGAAGAGAAGGAGAAGGAGGAAGAAGUGCUUUGUGAUUUCUGCCUAGCAGAGAAGGUGCAGGCAGUAAAAUCCUGCUUGACCUGCAUGGUAAAUUACUGCCAGGAUCACUUGAGGCCUCACCUGGAGAAUGUCAAACUACAGAGCCAUAAGCUUAUGGAUCCACUAAAGGAAAUUGACAUACAGAGCUGCAAGACCCACAAAAGACAUCUCAGCUGGUUCUGCCACAGUGACCUAAUCUGUAUCUGUGAGGAGUGUCUUUCUGAUGGACAUCAAAACCACCAAGCUGUAAUCUGUGGAGUAGCCAGGAAAGAAAAAGAGUGUGAACUUCUUCAUCAUCAAGAAGAAUAUGAUUGGAAAUUGAAGUCAGCUGAAAAUGCAAUUGUUAAAUUGGAGAAGAACUCAGAGUCUAUAGUGAAUUCAGUAUCUGAAGUGAAACUCUUGGUGGAAGAGAAGUUUGAGGAGCUGCUCCAAGCUGUCAAGGCAACCCAUGCCAUUGUGCUCACUUUUCUGGAGGAGAAAGAGCGUGCUGCAGUUAAUCAUGCAAAUGGAAUAAAGACCUACCUUCAGAGCCAACAAGUGACGAUGGAGGAAUGUAGGAAAAGAUUGCAGAAGAUGGCCACUCACACUAAUGAUAUCAUCUUUCUAAAGGAAUACUGUGAAUUCAAGAAGCAUCUGGGAGAUGAUACAUUGCCCAGUGUGUAUAUUGGCUUGAAAGACAAAUUAUCAGGAAUCCAAAAAGUGAUCUCUGAAUCCACUGAACAGCUUUUACAAUUACUACAAAUUUCUUAUAAAGAAAAAUUGCAGAAGUUUGCCAAUGAUGAAGAUGCUGGGAUAAAAACAACGGUGGCUGCAAUUGUUCCAUCCAAACAUCGCCUGUCGGCUCCAGAACCUCAAAGUAGGAAUGACUUCUUAAACUAUGCUUGCCUGCUAACAUUUGACCAAGUUACUGCUCAUCGCUAUUUGAGGCUUUUGGAUGACAACCACAGGAUCUCCAACACCACGCCCUGGGAGCACCCGUACCCAGAUCACCCAGAAAGAUUUGCCCACUGGCGCCAAGUCUUGUCCAAUCAAAGCUUAUAUAUGGGCCGUUAUUACUUUGAAGUCGAGAUAUUUGGAGCUGGUAUUUACAUUGGCAUGACAAAUAAGAGCAUUGACAGGAAAGGUUCAGAGAGCAACAGUUGCAUCUCAGGGAAUAACUUCUCCUGGUGUAUUAAAUGGAAAGGCAAGGAUUUCUCAGCUUGGCAUGUUGAUGUGGAGACGCCUUUGAAAUCCCAGGAAUUCAGCAGAAUAGGGGUCUACCUAGAUUACCCUAGAGGGACACUCUCCUUUUAUGGGAUCACUGCUGACUCAAUGACUGUCUUGCAUACUUUUGAAUGCAAGUUUAAUGAGCCUUUAUAUCCGGCCUUCUGGCUAUCAAAGAAGGAAAACAGCAUUCAGAUUGUUAGGUUGCGAGAAGCAGCUGAGCAGGAUCCAGAAGCUUCUCUUCCUUCCACAGGAGAAUCGGUUUCCAGUAGUUUAGAGGCACAUGACUAAAGCAAUGCACAGUUGAAACUGUUAACUCAGAACCUAGUUAUUAUCUUUGUUAUGCAAUCUAGGCAACAUUGGUCAGUUGUGGACUCUUUGUAGAAGAAUCCUAUUGAAAAAGUGUGUUUUAUAUACUUCAGGUUGCAUAUUACCUCUGUGAAUAUUACCUCUCACUGAGAGAGAAAAGAGUUAAACUAUAAAAAUUUUCCUGUUUUUAAGUGAAAGUAUUGAAAAUACUUAUUUGCAAAACCAACUGCUUUCUGACUGUAAACUUCUAACGGAUGCAUUCAAAAUAAAAACCAAAUGGCUGUUAGCAUAACACUGCUAUUUAUUGAAAGAAUAAGGACAAUUUAUCUAUAUAUAUACAGUCACUCCUUGCUUAAUCCCCCUGUACUGCCUAUGCUAUAGAAAGUACAAGUCACAUGUAUUGAUCAAAUCAGAUUUUAGAACAAUUGGUGUCCUCAAAUCACUUUUGAGAGUAGGGAAAUAAUUGUAUGCAUAAAGAUAAAAAGAAUCGGCACUACCCACAAUAGAGGAAUGGUUGGUGAAGAUGAUAGAACUUGCUGAGGUGGCUAAAUUAAUUUCUUUGAUCAGAGAAAAGAUACUUAUCUAUAUUUAUUACUGAUUGGAAACCUAUUAUGGCCUUUUGUGUAAGGCAGAAAAAAAAUGAAUGUAUGACUUAUGUUUUUCAUGAUUAGAUAGAAUAAAUUAUAGAAAGAAGAGGGUCAUGUUGUAACCAUAGUAUAUGAAAUAAAUUUAGAAUUGUACUUACUGUAAAGAAGAUCAGAAACCACUUCUUUGUAUCUUUUUUAUAUUUAUGUUUCCUUUGCUCAAUAAGUAUAUUGUAUCCCAAUGAAUGCACAUGUAUAUUAUAUCCUAUAUUGUACUUACAGCAAAAGAGAGAGAAUUCAAUGUGCAUAUUUAAGGACCAGUUAACAGUUCAGUUAUCCAUAGAGCUAGCUCUUUUAUUAUCUGAACUAGUCAAUGUCUAUGAAAGUUAAAAAUGUCUACCAUAUCAGCAAUAAACUUGUUUUCCUUGAAUGUUUAAGGAACAAAUCACAGUGACGUCUCUAGGCGCUCUAGCUCAGAUGAGUGUUGUUAUUUUGAUGUUGGGUGCUUAAUCUUUCGUGAUUAUUUACAAAGCUUCAUUAUUAUUUGUCUUCAUGCUGUCUUGCUGUAUGAGCCUGAAACUUCUAGCACUGCCAGUCAGUAUUGUGACACAUAUGAUGUUUGCAACAAUUAGGAUUGAAGAUUCUGGAGGAUUAUGAGCAUAUGUCUACAGUAGAUCUAUCUAGAUGUCUACAGCUAUGACACAAGCAUGGAGGUGGUGCCAGAACAAAACUGCCUGAUAUUGGGAACACAGCUAAAUUCUCCAAUAAUCAUAUGACAUUUUGAUGUGUACAUGCAGCAAAGGCGUACAAUCAGUGCAGAAGACUAUAAAGGAGGCUCUAUUUAGAAUAUCUAUUUUGUCUGGUUAUAGAAAUCUGUUACUAACAUGUAAUUGUAAUUCCAUAUUACUGCUUCAGAUAUUUUCAAGGGUCUCUUAAUGUUGGAAUGACAAGUUGGCACUCGCUAUUGAUUUUUAAAACCCUCUUAAGCCAGAAUGUUUGGUUUCGGUUACUAUUUGUUUCUAUUCUGACUUAAUCAGAUUCUGCAAAGUUUCGGAUUGGUGAACUGAUUAGCUUUUAUAAAUGGAGUUAUUCAUUUCCAAGAUAGCCUUGUAAUGGAUACAUUUGUGUUGGCUGGAUUGUUGAUAAGGAGUAACAAUGAAGAAUGUGUUUAAAAAGUGAUAAAAAACAAAUGAUCUCAGUAAACCUUCAAAUUACGAAUAAUCAAAAAGUUGGGUUUAAACUAACAUUUUUAUAAAUGCUCAAAAGAUAUUUGUUUAAUAUGUCACUAAAUGAAUUGAACGCUGAUAAUAAAUAAAUAUAAUUUUAUCUUUAGCUAAUUCUUUUUCAGCCCAAGUAGCAUUUUAGGAAGAUUUAGGAAGGCCUAAUAACUCAGUUCUUUCCCACAAGGGGGCAGUGUUGUGCCAUAAUAAUUAGAUACACUUGCUUUAAUUGCAAACAAAAAUGUGAGAAAUUUGUAUUUCAGUGCCUUAGAAGGCAAAUUAUGCAUGUUCAAAUGUACCUUAAAGCUUUUGAAUGGAUCACAAUUUUUUUUCAGGCAUGUAUUCA